AGAUGGCCCAAGAAGGGAAAGACCUUUUCAACGCGUCGAUGCUUUUUGCUUCCUCCUCCCCAAAGCAAGCAAGCAAGCAAACCUCUAGCAUACCGUAAUCACAGUGACAGGCGCCAUCGAUCAGUCUCUCUCCUCGCUCCCCCGAUUAGGUCAGUCAAAUACGCAAGGUGGUGGCGGUGGUCAAUACCAAGAUCAGAAAAAGGCAUCGUGUACGUGAUCGAAGGUGGAUCAUCGGCGGCAUGGCAGCAAGCGACCCCUGCCUGAUCAGUCCGACGGCGGCGAGGAGGCGGCGGCUCAUCAAUCGUCGGCGUCGCAGUCGCUGGCGUCGUCGUCGUCGGCGCCGAGCUCGAGUCAAGAGCGCCACUUCCAGCGGCGGCAGCAGCAGAUAGACCUCGGAUGGGGCGGCGGGGGUAUUGGUCACCAUCACCGCUACCUGGCUCAGGCUGCUGCGCCGGCACCGGCAUGGUACCACGAGCAGGCCGAACAGCAAGGUGUGUACUACAGCUCCAGCACCAUGGCGUACUACGACGUGGGCACACGCUCCUCCGCCUCCUCGUCGCUUCAGCCCGGCGACAUGGACGCCACAGCCGUGCCGCCGGUGGCCACUGGUGGGUCUCCUCAUCACCGGGUUCCGCUGGAAGCGGGGGCUGCCGCGGGUGGUUCCUCCGCGGCCGGGCAAGCAGCCGUGGAGGUUGAAGAAGGUACCUCGACGACGACGAUGCGUCACUACCGUGGCGUCCGGCGGCGGCCAUGGGGCAAGUGGGCGGCGGAGAUCCGCGACCCCGCCAAAGCGGCGCGCGUCUGGCUGGGCACCUUCGACACCGCGGAGGCCGCCGCGGCUGCCUACGACGACGCCGCGCUCCGGUUCAAGGGCGCCAAGGCCAAGCUCAACUUCCCCGAGCGCGUCCGGGGCCGCACCGGCCAGGGCGCCUUCCUCGUCUCCCCUGGUAUCCCCCAGCCGCCGCCGCCGCCAGUAUCAGCUCCCCCAUUAUUGCCAUUGCCACCGUCGUCUCCGGUGCCGUUCCCGGACCUGAUGCGGUACGCGCAACUGCUUCACAGCGGCAACGUCGUGGCCAGCAGCACCGGUGAUCUCGCGGCGCCGUCGUCGUCGUCACAGGCAUCGUCGUCGUCGGUGCAGAUUCUGGACUUCUCGACGCGGCAACUCCUCCGGGCCUCACCGCCUUCAACGUUCGGCCGACCGCCGAUGCUGACAUCGGCAUCGAUGUCUAUGUCUUCUUCGACCAGCAUGUCGGUGCCUCACGUCGAGGCCAACGAUAGCGGAGUAGGGGAGGAGACUGGCACUGCUCCGCCUGACUGAUUUAAUUUUGCCAAGCCUGCCUUAGUCAGAGCAUCUCCAAGAGAUGCUCUUACUGACCAUGGUGCCAAGCUUGGUUCUUGAUUUAAGGUCUCAUUUGGUAGGGAAUCAACAUAUAUAGACUGUUUUCUGUCCAGAGUUAAUAAAUGGAAACCUGUUCCGGAGAAAAACAUGAUAGUCUCUAACAUUUUCUUUUUGGCCACAAACACGACCAUUUCUUUGAUUCUUCUGAAAACUAGAGAAUCAAAACACUUAUCUUCUCUAGAAUUUUGUUCGAGACAUUAUUUUAAAAUCUA